CGGAGUUCCAAAAAUCAAGCGCCAAACAAGAACUCAAAUGGUUCUUUUUCUAGGAGAGAACCUGCACCAUCUGUUAACCUGAAUUUUCAGUGGGAUUCUUCAUCAAGAAUGGGUGGUUCUAACAGCCGAAAUGCCACAAAUGAAGCGGCGAAUGUAGUUCAGCAAGCACAAGAUAAACUGAAAAGAGGGUUUGUGGAGACGCAAGAAAGGGAUGCGGCUAGAGGAUUUACAUUGAAGAGGCAGAAGACUGAUGAUUCCCAUAUGCGUGGUCCAUCUGCAGGCAAGUCGUCGAAUCAAAUAGGUGCAAGCUGGUCCAGUACUUCUAAUGCUGCCAAUGAAAAUACUGAAUCGCCCAACACCAUAGGCUCUCGUCAUCCUUAUGUACAAGCAUUGUUACGUUCUGAUAUAAAAAAAGCUCUUAUAGACAGAGGCCAGUCAGAGAUUUUUAAGAGACUUCCGAAGAUGAUCGCUGAAACGGAAGGGAAGGUGAACGCAACUGAAGGGGAGAAGAACAGUAUGAAGGCAACGAGCAAGAUGAGUAGCAAGGCGAAUGAGGUUGAAAGGAGCAAGAUAAGUAGCACCGCGAAUGAGGUUGAAAGGCCAGUUGAGGUUGAAAGGCCAGUUGAGGUUGAAAGGUCAGUUGAGGUUGACAGGUCAGUUGAGGUAACUCCUCGUGAUUCAGAUGAAGAGAUGGAUGAUGUAGUGAAGGAAAUCGUUGUUCCAGAUUCAGACUUUCACAACUUUGAUCUUGACCGAUCUGAAAGUUCUUUUAAAGAUGACCAGAUUUGGGCUGCUUAUGACGAUGACGAUGGAAUGCCUCGGUUUUACGCCCGCAUCCAAAAGGUGAUUUCUGUGAAUCCCUUUAAGAUGAAAAUCAGCUGGCUCAAUUCCAAAAGCACCAGUGAAUUUGGUCCUAUAGACUGGAUGGGUGCUGGUUUUGCUAAAACAUGUGGGGAUUUUAGGUGUGGGAGAUAUGAAUCUACAGAUACACUAAAUGCCUUUUCUCACAGUGUCGAUUUUACCAAAGGUGCAAGAGGACUCCUCCAUAUUCUUCCCAAAAAGGGACAAGUUUGGGCAUUGUAUCGAAAUUGGUCCCCUGAGUGGGACAAGAAUACCCCUGACGAAGUUAAACACAAGUACGAGAUGGUGGAAGUUCUUGAUGACUAUACAGAAGACAAUCAGAGUUUAACCGUGGCUCUCUUAGUCAAAGCUGAAGGAUUCAGGGUAGUUUUCCGCAGAAGCACAGACAGACUUGGUGUGAGGAAGAUUGCAAAGGAAGAAAUGCUUAGAUUCUCCCACCAGGUACCUCAUUACAUUCUUACAGGGAAAGAAGCUGAUAACGCACCAGAAGGUUAUCUGGAACUAGACCCGGCGGCAACUCCUUGUGCAUUCUCUUCAGAGAACGCAGAGGCGAAUGAGAAAAGCGAAGCUGUAGAAGAGAAGAGCCCUGUCCCAGAGGAAGAAGUGGGUAUGGAUCAAGAUUAGUGGGUAUGAAGCUAGUAGCAGUCAGUACAGUUGUACAAUGGAGGAAGAAACAUAUCAUAUGGAAUCAUUAGGGUACAGGACUAAUCAAGGUCAGGUCUGAUC